AUGGAUGAAGAUAUUUUCGACAGUUUCCAAACCGAAACUGUCACGUCUCCUGUGCAAACGCCUGGAGUAUCAAGCGCCAGUGGGCCCGGAUACAGACAAAGUGUGGACUCAACCGGAGACGGAGAUGCGAGUACACCUAAAUGGAGCGGCUAUUUGUUUGUUCAAGUCAAGGACCCCGUGAAGGAGCUCGAUGGCACGAAAGAUGUCUACAUAUCAUACAAAGUUGAAGCCCGUACCAAUUUGCCAACAUUCUCUCAAAGUAAUCCAUCUGCUCGUCGGAGGUUCCAGGAUUUCGUUUUCCUUCGCGAACAUUUGUCAAGAGACUUUCCAGCAUGCGUGGUGCCGCCGUUACCUGACAAGCAUCGGAUGGAGUACUUAACUGGCGACCGCUUUGGUCCUGAGUUUGUCGAAAAGCGUCGCCUCGAUCUCCACCGAUUCCUCGAGCGGUUGGCCCGUCAUCCUACACUUCAACGGAGUACACUCGUUCGCGCGUUCUUUGAGUCCACAGAAUGGAGUGUACAGAUGCACGCUCAUUUGACCCAUCCACCUCAUCCGGAUGACCGGGACCGCUCCCCAGCAUCACCCGCGAAACUACUUGACGCGGUUUCUGACACGCUUCUGAACGCGUUUGCUCGGGUUCGGAAGCCUGAUGACCGCUUUAUUGAUAUGCGCGACUCCGGCGAUAGAUUUAUUGAAGCUUUAACGAUACAAGAAAGACUUUGGGGUCGUAGCAGAUCACGCACAAUAGGCAAGUACAAGCCCUAUCAUCACUCAGAACAGGGCAUGAGAAUUCUGGGGACCGGCUUGUACGAUAUGACCGAGCUAACACUCAAUUCUUUGUUAGAUAUGGCCGCCGAUUACCAUGACCUUGCCGUUGCAGUCCAAGGCCUUGGUUUCUUGGAGUCUGGGAUCACAGACCCGCUCAAUCAUUUUUCCAACACGCUCCUCGAGUUUUCUGCGCUUCUGAAGCACAACGCCCAUGACACGGCCGAUCCUUUAUUAUCUCACUUACACUCCUUACAUCAAUACGCACAAACGCAACGUGCUGUACUUCGUUUGCGAGACCAAAAGCAGUUGGACUUUGAAGAGCUCUCGGACUAUUUAUCUGGAGUAACCGCCGAACGCGAUCGGCUUUCUGCUCUGAUUAGCGGAAGGGCUGGAAGUAGGGCUGGAUUGGGACAAUUUUUGCGAGAGAAGGUCGAUGCUCUGAGAGGUGCGGAUGAUGAUCGGAGCCGUGUGGAGCGGAUGGAUAAAUUGGAUAAGAAAAUAAAAGAGGCAAGCAGGGUAUUUCAUUCUACAUUGCAGGAAGCGCGCUUACACACACACUUUCAGCUCGAAGAGGCUGUUACCAAUGCCAACGAGGUUUCUAACGCGUUUAGUGACGAAACUCUCAAAGAACACGCCAUUUUCCAACAUGCUAAGCGAGCAGAGAUGAAAGAAAUGCUAGGGAAUCUCGCCGACGGCCAAAUCGAGCUGUAUAAGUCGGCAAUGGAGGAAUGGGACCGCAUUAUUCCGAUCCUGCAGCGAAUCCGCGUAGAUGUAUAA